AGGUUAAUAGAUGUAGUAUUUAAGCGUAUAUCAGAGCAACGUUACCCAACAUACCACAUACGAAAAAAAAAAAAAAAAAGGGAUAGCAUGCUUAACAAAUUACAAGUAUUCGUAUGUUUUCUGAUUGUCAAUUAUAUAUUUUGCGAAGACACCGAUGAUUGCAAGGAUGAAAUAUGUAGGAAGUCGUUAGCAAUGCCACUAUUGAACAAUCUGAAAGCACCUCUUGUUGCCAAUUUGGAUAUAACUCAGUUUAACAAGCAGCUACGAGGGUACAUUACAGAACAGAUCAAGCAAUGAGUAGAGCAGGCAAAGAAAGAAAUAAGGGGCGAAAUGGUAGAACUCGUCGACACAUUCGAAGACGCUCAUGUAAACGUUACACAAGACCUUAGCAAAGAUUUGAACGAAAUCAGGCGUCAACAAAUGCAAAUGGAAGAUCGUGCAACUAAAGAAAAUGAAAUAUCGGGUAAUUUUACGUUUGAAAUUAUCGAUGGAAUGAAGAAUAUAGAACGACAUCAGAAAGAUAUUCUGACAGAUGUGGAGCAGUUGAAACGUUAUAAAGAAUCAGUAAUUACAGCAAAUGAAGAAAAAAACAAUUUCACAGCAGAAGUCAAAGAUACACUAAAGAAUUUAAAUCAACAACUGAAUGAAACUCAUGAUGAAAUUCAUCACUUGAAAAGUUUUCAUGCAUCUUUAAACUCCAAAAUUAAUUCAGCCGACAAGAGGAUAUCUGCAAAUGAAGAAAAAGUACCAAUUGUCAACGAAAAAUUACGUAAUUUAAAAGGAGAGCUAACUUCAAUUCGAUCGGACAUUAAUAGUGUAGAAAGUCGUCAGAAAUCAUUGUCCUCUGACAUCAGCAGUGCUUUCAGUCGUCUUACAGCAAAUGAGAAAAGAGUUGGUUUUACUGCUUGCGUUAGUAAAGAUGAUGGAUCAACCAUAUCAGCAGGUCAUCCAAUACCAUUUACCACUGUUACAUCUAGUUAUAAUGUUGAUAUGUCAAGCGUUAAAAGCAAUGGAAAGUUCACCGUUAAAAUAAGUGGUUUAUAUUUUAUAUCGGCAUCAAUAAGAAGUAAAACAGACCAUGGAUUCUUUGCAAUAUAUGAUGAUUCGUACUUUUUAGCUUAUGGAUACACAGCUGAGCAUGACGGUAAAGAUACAUAUGAUCACAGUGGUACAGUAGAUGCGGUGCGAUAUUUUAAUUACGGUGAUAUCCUAGCAGUAAAGCCGUGGAAAACUAUGGACAUUGGUGCUUGGUCUUGUCUGACUUUUGUCAAAAUAAAAUAGAAACAAAUUAUAAUUAAUAUCUGACAUUUUGUAUUUUUGCGCAAUAAGAUAUCACAAUUGAACAUUAUAUUUUGAAACAAUACUAUAAAGGAACUGUUCUAAUUAUUGGAAGUACUAAGUACGUACAACAAAAGGUGUUUCUACUCACAACUUGACAUUCUGUAUUGUCACCAAUUGGAAGUUUUCAUGUUUUGUUUUAACAAUUAUCGCUUUCAAAUAGUCAAUUAGCUUAUAGUAAUUCUAAUGUUCAAUUAUUUAUUAUUUCUUCAUUUAUGAAUAACAAAAUAAUAAACUGAUAUGAUAUUUCAAAAA